AGUGUGCUUCAGGAAUGCCUGCUGCCCGCUGGAUAUAUAGCCGCCUGCCUGCCAGCAAGCUGCUCUUAGUGUAGGACCAGGAGCUGCCCUCCACUCUGCAUUGGAACUUCAGGUCACUUCAGGGAGAGAAGCUCAGAGUAAGACUUUCACUUCAUAAUUUAGUGGAGCCUGACUAAACACAGAAGGCUGGAAGAACUGGGACAAUGAAGAUCACCGGGGUCCUUCUUCUAAUUUCUAUGCUACAAGUGAUACACUCCUCCAGAGACACAUUAGUAAAGCUCAAAAACAACGGAUAUGAAGACAUUAUCAUUGCAAUAAACCCAAAGAUUCCUGAAAACAAAAAGAUCAUCGACAGUAUAAAGAAAAUGGUGACGGACGCUUCUUCCUAUAUGUUGCAAGCUACAGAAUAUAGAGUCUAUAUUAGGAGUGCAAAAAUUCUAAUCCCCAAUACCUGGUCCAGCAACAGCACAUAUGGCCGGCCGAAAACAGAGUCUUAUGACAAGGCUGAUGUUAUCAUAGCUGAUCCUUUCAUUUACGGCGAUUUUCCUUACACCUUGCAAUACGGUGGCUGUGGAGAGAGAGGAAAAUACAUUCACCUUACACCAAACUUUAUACUGAAUGACAAAACACUGCGGAUAUACGGACCCAGAGGAAGAGUGUUCGUACAUGAAUGGGCCCACCUUCGAUGGGGAGUUUUUGAUGAGUACAAUGAAAACAUUCCCUUUUAUGUCAGUAAACAAGGCAAUGUCGAAGCAACAAGGUGUCCCCUGACCUUGGGUGGAGUAAAUAAAGUUGAUAUUUGCAUAGGACCAAAAUGUGAUAAAGUAGACUGUGAAAUAGAUGAAAAAACUGGAGUCUUUGAAGAGGAAUGUGCAUUUUAUCCUAAGGUGGACCGAAACGUCCAUGAAUCUGUUAUGUAUGGACAAGCGCUGGAACCUGUCCAUUCAUUCUGCAAUGAACAAUCUCAUAAUAGAGAAGCCCCCAAUCAACAAAACAGAUUGUGUAACCAGAAGAGCACAUGGGAGGUGAUCAUGAAUUCUCCUGACAUGAAGCAAAGUGCGCCGUUAGACAACACCAACGUUCCUGACCCUACGUUCACCAUGCUGCAGUACAAGGACAGAGUUGUCACCUUGGUUCUUGAUGUUUCUGGAAGUAUGGGUGGGUAUGACCGCAUUAACCGCCUGUACCAGGCCUCUGAAGUGUACAUCAUGCAAAUCGUUGAAUCCGGGUCCUACGUUGGAAUUGUCAUUUUUGAAAAUGUUGCAGCAAUUAAAUCUGAACUGGUUAAAAUUGUUGACACCUUCCAGCGUGAACAACUGAAGACGCUUCUCCCAAAAAUAGCAAAUGGUGGCACAAACAUUUGUGCUGGGGUUCGCAUGGGAUUUGAGGUAAACAAAAAACUGGACGGUAGCACAUACGGUACAGAAAUAGUGCUGCUAACUGACGGAGAGGACUCGGGCAUCAGCAGUUGCUUUGAGGAAGUAAGAGCCAGCGGUGCCGUUAUUCAUACCAUUGCCUUGGGAAACAGUGCAGAUAAAGGAUUGGAAGGGCUAGCCGAUAUAACAGGGGGCUUAAAACUUUACGCAUCUGAUAACGUUGAUGCAAAUGGUUUGAUUGACUCCUUCAGUGGGAUCAAGUCCAGCAGCGGAGAUGUUAUACAGCAAUCCGUUCAGAUUGAAAGUACUGCAAAAACAAUCCAACCAAGUAAAUGUCUGACUGGGAAAGUGUCCAUAGACAGCACAGUGGGCAAUGACACUUUCUUUCUGGUGACAUGGAGCAGUCUCAUCCCGAACAUUGAACUAAAAGAUCCAAAAGGAAAAGAAUAUAAGAACGGCCAAUUUGUCAGUGACACUAUCUCAAAAUCAGCUCGACUCAUGAUCCCAGGCACAGCAGAGCCAGGAGACUGGGAAUACAGCCUAUGUAGUACUCAUUCAGGAGAUCAAGUUCUCGGUUUGACAGUAAAUUCCAGAGCAGCGAAUCCGGACGUGCCCCCGAUCAUUGCUGAAACGUACAUGAACGCUGACACAAACACUUUCCCUGCUCCAAUGAUUAUCUACGCCACAGUCACCCAAGGACUCGCUCCAGUUUUGGGAGCAAAAGUUACUGCUUAUAUUGAGCCACAGACUGGAAAAGUGAUAACUCUGCAGCUUUUGGACAAUGGUGCAGGUGCCGAUAUUAUCAAAGAUGAUGGCAUAUAUUCCAGAUUUUUCACCGACUUCACUGGAAAUGGCAGACACAACUUAAAAGUACGCGUUGAGAGUCAAGACAAAGACGGCAAAACCACCUUACCAAAAAGCCGGGCGCUAUACCUCCCUGGUUAUGUUGAAAAUGGUACCUUGGUCUCUAACCCACCAAAACCAAAAGUUACCAUUGAUGAUCUGAAUUUGGGAAAUUUUAGCCGUACGGCUUCAGGAGGUGCCUUUGUAGUGUCAAACGUGCCAUCCGGCCCCUUACCAGAUGUUUUUAAGCCUAGCAAAAUCACUGAUUUGGAAGCAGUCAUUAAAGACAUGCAAGUUAAAUUGAGCUGGACAGCAACCGGUGAUGAUGAAGAUAAAGGAAAUGCUACCAGAUAUGAUUUACGAAUGAGUCUCAGCAGUGAGGCGCUCGUGGACCACUUUGGAAACGGCACCGCUAUCAACAUCUCCAGUCUUACACCAUCACCAUCUGGUUCAAAAGAAGAAUUUAGUUUUACUCCUCAGAAUAUUACUAUCAAGAAUGGCACCAUUAUAUUUUUUGCCUUGGUCGCUAUAGACAAGGCAGAUCAGAAGUCAGAGCCAUCUAAUGUGGCAAGGGCAGCUCUGUUCAUCCCAGCACCAAAACCUGCACCAAAACCUACACCACGUCCCACAAUCAAACCGGGUAAUUCAGCCAACAGCAUAUUUGGAACAGGAAACGUAUUGAUUUUGACUCUUGUGAUGACAAUAGCUGCUUUCCAUCUCCGAAGAACAUGUUGAAUGUCAUGAUGCAAGAUUCUGGACUGAAGCUACAGAUAGUGGGACUGUACAGAACAUGUAUAGACUAUACUUGUCAAUCAGACUUUAUACUGGUUGGAGGUGACAGCCAGUGCCAUGCAAUAACAUUUGAUGACAAGGGGCUCAAACUAGGAGACUCAAACUACUUUAAAACCCAAAGUCUUAUCUCAUCCAGCUUUUUGCUGGCCAUUUUAGUUCUGUAGAAAUGGAAUUACCAAUAUCCUUAAAGGCAAAAGUAAGAUGGCACAGCAGUACGAAGAGCUCCAAAGACUGUCCUUGGUAUGUCUUCAAUAUAUGUGGACAUGGGGGGUAUAACUGUGCAGUAAAAAAUGCUGUGAACCAUGUAUAAAAGAAAUUCGUGGAUGGACCUCCUAGUUGCUCCCUUUCCCUCAACAGAUUUCAGUUGGCUCUGAAAACCUAAGCGUACGGCCACGCACGAGUUUUUCGGAUGAGGUUUUGAUCUGCAAGAUUUUUUGCCAAAGUUUUAAGUGGAUUUGAAAGGAGUCAGAAAUAUAAAGGUAGGAUUUAUACUUCUCUUUCCUGGUGGAUCCACUUCUGGCUUUGGCUGAAAAUCCUGCAGGAAGAUCUGCCUCAAAACCUGCUCCAAAAAACUCUGUGUGGCCGUACUGUAGGGGCGCUGCCACACAUACACGCUUCUUAUGCAGUUUUUGAAACCAAAAUCAGGUGUGAAUGAUAAAAGGAAAGAAAGUAUUUUUAAAAAAAUUAUACAUUUUCCCCUAAAAUUAUUUGUUUGGAUGAAAAUACCCCUGUAUGAAAUGAGAGGCACACAAGGGGGCAGAAGCUUUGGAGAAUCACUGAGCUGUAAUGGGUACUGUGCACGAGGCUCUGAAGUAGAUGUGUAUACAUAAGGGCUAAUUUUACAAGGGCACAUGUCAGCAGGAUCGACCCUAUUAAACCAGCUAUAACGCCAAGUAGGGCGGACACUACUGUUUAAAAACAUAACUUUCUUCCCCCAAUCCAUUUCUGCGUUUAGGAGAAAGAUGUUCUUUAAAAUAUGCAAAUUAGGGAUAACGUUCACUGAGGGCGGGCCAUAGCCAUCUGGUGCACCUUGGCUCCUUGGCUCUGCUUCCCUGGACACUCUGCUCACCACUUGAUUGACAAGAUUAGGCGAAGGGCAAUGUGUCCAGGGAAGAGAGCAGCCAAGGUGCUAGAACCUGCCCUUCUCGGUCCUCAAGGUAUCAAUAGAUCGAGGAAGAAAUGUGUGGAGGAUCUGACCUACCAGGCAUUACGGCUGGUUUAAAUGGGUUGAUCCUGCUGACAUAUGCCCUUUUAAGAUAGUCUUAGUCUUAUUUUAAGCAACUUUUGCAAAAAAAUAAAAGAGAUAUUUGUAGUUAUUAUCAAAGUGCAUCUAUGUUUCUGAUCUUCUCCCCAUUAGUCCUGCUGGACCAGAGGGCUAACAACAGGAAACUGCCAGUUUAAUGGGAAUUGUUUAAAGCAUUAUCUUUGCCCUAAAUUGGGGAUUGGAGAGGAAUAACUUAUUUAGUACCACCUCAUUUUUCUUUCUUAUUUAAGCAAUCUCAGUUUCGCUCUAGAGUAGUGAUCCACUGGAUAUGUUAUUGGGCACCUGUUUAGGGACAGAUAUACUGAUAUUUAUACUGGUUUAUGAUGCUGAACAAGGAGCACUGGAAGCCAGUAUCCAUGUCUUGCAGAAAUGGAAAUAUUAGGGUACUGUACAAAUCAUGGAUGUACAAUUGCAUCAUGUAUAUAUUUAGUGUUUUUCAGAUGAGAUCAAAUCUAACAAAGGGAAACAGUCAGCAGUGUCAUGCUACCUGACGACAGGCUCCCUCUUUACAGAGAACUAGGUUGUCAUCUGAAAUGCUGUGGUAUUAGA